AGGAGGCAGCCAGGCUGAGGCUGUGGCAGAGGAGCUUGUCCCUGUGCUGUGUGCAGGCCAUGUGCCCUCCCCAGGCAGCUGGCUUGUCCCUGAGAGGUGCAGAAUGUGGGCAUUGUGUGGGCACGGCAGGGCCAGGUUUAGGGGCACACAAACCCACGGGGAAUGUUAAGAGGGUUUAGGUGGCCGCUGCACAGGGGACGGCGGUCACCCCCCGGGAAUUAGGGGUCAGAACAAUGGUGGUCCCUGUGAGCCGGCGGGGACACAAAGGGCCAUUGUGCCCCGAGCACAAGAUCGCUGUUUGUUCGCGGGGGCGGAGGGGCCGAGGGAGCCGCGCUCGGUGCCAGCGCCGAGCCGCCUGCCUCAGAUUGUUUGUUGAUGGGCAUCAAAAGGCUGCAUUUAAUUAUGCAACGGGAGCAGGCUCGGCAGGGCCAGGUGCUGAUUGGUCUCCCCAUGGCCAGAGCCCGCUGGCCACCCCUCGGCACAGCUGAUGGUGCCACCGCGCAGAGGGGACGCGUCCUGACCGUCCGCCCGGGGGAACGAGCCCCGGGGAGAAGGGGCGAGGACCGGCGCUCCCCACCCCGGGGUGCAGGAGCGGGGCCCCCGGAGGUGCUUGGCCCCGGCGGGUGGGCACGGCAGGGCGCUCAAGUAUGACGGAAGAAGUGCAGGUGGAAUCCACCAUGCCUGAGUGCAACGGGAGCGUAGCCCCGGAGAAGGGCCCGCGGCAGGGAACGGAGGUCAUCGACGAGAGAGCGAAGCCUGCGGGGACAGCUCCCUGCCUGAACACCGACACCAGCCUCAACACGGACGCCAGCCCCAGCACCGACGCCAGCCCCAGCACCGACACCAGCCCCAGCACCGACGCCAGCCCCAACACCGACACCAGCCUGCACACUCCACCUGCCGGAGAAAACCAGCAGGAGAAGAGAAACUCUUUGGCACCGGACGCAGUGCAUGUGGAUGGAGAGGAGCAAUGCAAAGCCAGGAUGGACUCUGUGUAUGAGACAAGGUCCCAGCCCACGGUGGCUGUGAAAAGAAGCAAGAGGACUGUGGUGGGACGUUACAACAGGGACCAGCUGACUCCCAGGACAUGGAGCUGGCAGGCCAGGAGCCAGAGGAAGGGCAGGGGCGUGGAGGUGGUGCUGAGCCUGUCCUCACCCUCAUGCCUUCUGUCUGCUGCAGGGCUCGGCAGUGAGGAGACCUCUGUGAGCAGCGGGGAGCUGGGGCUGGCCGCCACCCCCGACAGGGAGGCGGUGGAGACCCCCACGGCCAGCGCUGAUGGGAGAGGGAACACAACGGAGGAGGAAGCAGAGGAGGAGGAGGAGGAAGAGGACACAGAAGAGGACGAAGUUCAGGUGAUCGACAUCAAGAAGGAGAACAGCGAGGUGUCCCACCUACAACCGCCAGGCAGCGGCAAGGAGGCAUCUCCCCCGAGCACCCCUGGCUGCAACCCCUCCCAGGCGGAGAAAGGCAGGGAGCAGCCCAGCCUGGGGAAGAAGAACGACAUCUCCAGGCACAGCUACUCCAGGUACAACACAAUCUCCUACCGCAGGAUCCGGAAAGGAAACACCAAGCAGCGCAUCGACGAGUUCGAGUCCAUGAUGCACUUGUGAACUGAGGUGGGGCACGGCCGGCCCAGCUGGGCGGGCUCUUGGCUUUGGCUCGCUCGGUUUGUGUGUGCCCCCACCCCAGAGGUGUCUCCUCGCACCACACCAGGGUCACUGCUUCUCUCCUUUUUGUACAUGCUUUGGUGACCCCCCCGUGAGCGUGUGACCGCCGUGGGGGCGGGCAGGGCU